GUAGACACUGUCAAUCUGAACAACAACUCCCACUCUGCACUGCAGAGACGUUCACAGAAUCAAAUGCCACUCCUUCCCGGAGGACUAGGUGGCUUGGAGCUGAAGUCGGAGGGUCUGGAGAGAGAAGAGCAGUAUGAGCUACAUCACAGCCAUCACAACCAGGGUCACAGAAAAGACACAGACACAGCUCUGACAGCCACAGCCAGCGCUCCGACGAGGAGAGCGAGUCCCACAAGACACAAGGAGACAGCAUGACCAGCAGCAUCCAUGAGGAUGAGGACAACCUGAGCCCGGAGCAAAAGGCUGAGCGGGAACGAGAGCGGCGGAUGACCAACAACGCCCGCGAGCGCCUUCGUGUCCGUGACAUCAACGAAGCGUUCAAGGAGUUGGGUCACAUGACACAGCUGCACCUGAAGAGCGAGAAGCCGCAGACCAAGCUGCUGGUUCUUCACCAGGCCGUGGCUGUAAUACUUAGUCUAGAACAACAAGUCAGAGAGCGUAACCUGAACCCUAAGCAGCCUGUCUGAGGAGGAGGGAGCAGGAGAAGAUGUUAGCUGGGUUAACAGAUGCCAGGGCCUGGCAGCAACACCAGGCAUCACUACAUCCUGGACUAGAUGCAGCUAACCCCAUGGGACAUCUGUAAACAUUUGACAGUGGGGAGGAGGAUCAUCCUGAGACGGUUAAAGACCAUCCAAGGACAUCCAAGACCAUCCAAAGACAUCCAAGGACAUCCAGACCAUCCAAGACCAUCCAAGGACAUCCACGACCAUCCAAGGACAUC